CUGGGUAGCAACUCAGCCCGGGGCAGGGAGGGGAGGAGUGAGAGCGGGCGGGUGUGAGAGAGAAGCCGUAGCUCAUAUAGAUGGAGAGCUGCUAUAUACUGGACGUUGCCUCUUCUCUGGUCAGGGAGUUCCUCAGUAGGAAGGGUUUAAAAAAGACCAGCUUGAUACUAGAAGAGGAACUUCCUCGCGCUCCCCAGAGCAUCACUACCAGAAACGAACUUCGGGCAGUGUUACAUCUGGACAGUCUGUAUAAAGAGAACAAGUCAAGAGAGAAACCAUUGAAAACUCUUCUGGAAAUUAUGACUAAGUACUUUUUGGAGCAUUCAGGGAAAACCAAAACCCUAAACAUGAUAGGAGAGCAGAACUCGGCACCCUCAAAAGGUGCAACAAGAAAUCUACAGCAGAAACAUGCCGGUAACUUGAUGAUGACCGUGUGCGAUAUUUCUGACGAUGAAACCGGAGAAAGCAGCGCUGUCUCUGAAACCAGUAAAACUGAGCUGAUCAGAAGUAACCUGCAAUUUAAUAAGCCAAAUUAUUCAAAAGGCCCAGAUCACAAUCGAAAGCAAACAGAAUUCAGUGUGAAAAGCACAAGGAUGGCCCGUGAAGGAGAGUUAAUGUCCCCCAAGGAAAACAUUAGGGGAGUUUCGGAGACCUUGGAAAUGGCGUUGGGAGCAAGAAACUCCACAAGUGAAACACAGAGGCCUAAAUCAAGCCGGAUGGUCAGGGGAAUGAUGUCUGGCCCAACUGCCAACUCCCAAGAGGAUUCCUUGAAAAAACGAGUACCACGGCAACCUGCUGUGACUAACACUCCAAAUCCCGUCAGAGGGGAUGCGCAAGUCAGUGAUAUUACAAGGAAUAUGGAGGAGCCCUACACCAUUUCUCCUGCAAACACUGCCCUAAAAGUUGGCAAGGAAUUUGCUGCUAAAAUGUUAUCCACCUCUGAAAACCUAAGAAAUGUCUCUCUCCGUUCUACAAGCCCAAUUUCCAAGCCCAAAACCUUUGCUGCUGCCAAAACCGUUGAGGAUGGAAAAGGCGUAACAGAAUUUUCCUCGUAUUCUUCAACUGAGCACAAAAGACACUCAGGAUUUUCAAAUGUGGAUUCAAACUCAACAUCAUUAAACAAGUGGGUAUCGCAUCGUAUAAAUAAAUACAAACAUGUGAAAUA